AUGCCUAGUAGCUGCUCCUGGAUAAUGAGAAAGAUGUUAAGCUAUAGAGAGGAAUUAGAGCACAGUAACUAUUGGCACUCUACUAUUCAGGCUGGGAGCUACAAGACCAAGCACAUGUACAAUGAGCUUCGAGGCGAGAAACCAAAUGUGCCAUGGUAUAAGGUCUUCUUCCAGAAUGCUGCAAGGUCUCGAGCAAAAUUUCUCCUUUGGAUAGCCCUAUGGGACAGACUGCCAACAAAGAGUAGGCUGGCUCGGUUCGGUGUUGUCACAGAUGGGAAGUGUAUGUUUUGCAGGAAAGAGGAGACCCAAGAGCAUCUUUUCUUUGCAUGUGAUUUUACUGGUGAAAUCUGGAGGAAAAUGCUGAACUGGAUUGGUAUGGACAAGUUUCCUCAGGACUGGAAGACUGAGAAGGCUUGGCUCUGUAUGGAAACAUCAAAAAAGGCUGGAAGAGACUCCUUCUCAAGACUAUUAUUGCAGAAACGAUAUAUGCUAUUUGGACUAAAACCAAACCAUGGAAGCGGACCUGCAACACAAACUUAA